GGCAGCAGGAACGGCAUUGUGCAGCGUGGCACUCCGGCAGUGUCAUCGAAGAUACGGUGCUGUGAGGAGGUGCGAGAGACGCAUCGGUCCCGUCCGUCGGUGUGGGAGUGGAGAGAGAGAGAGAGAGAGAGAGAGAGAGAGAGAGAGAGAAAGGGAGAGUUCUCUCAGCUCUUCGUCAGUGCGAAAGGGAGAGACAUACGGAAGCGAGCGGCUUUUUCAGGGCGAAUACCUCCAACCCGGAAGACGGCGAGUGGAAGGAAGGAACAUCCAUCCCUGUGGAGCGGGUGGUACACUGUCAGCAGCAGCAACGAUUCGAAACUGCUCACGGGGGAGAGGGGAGAAAAGUGAGAGAGAGCAGAGGGGAACCAGACGAACUUUGAUGACGGUGACCUUGUCCGGUGGUGUCUCUAAGCUUCCCCCAAAAUUCGGAGGGUCAACGAAAGGAGACGAGAAGAAGCCUCUCGGUGAAUUCGGGAUUCCGGAAUAGUAUCCUACAGGGGGGUGGGGGGCCAACGACAUUGAUUAUGCAGCCCGUUUAAAGGGAAGAUGCGGUUGCAACAGCAACCGCAGCAGCAGCGAUCAGCAGCAGCGCGGAUCGUGUGAGGCUUAGGAGAGAGAGAGAGAGAGAGAGAUGCUGAUGAUGGUGAUGCUUCCGGUGCUUGCGUGCGUGGGUUCGUGAUUCGGUAACAGGAACUGGGAUGACCUACUGACCUGACUGACUUAUGGCUACGCAGUGUGGAGGGCCACCUUCAGUUCGUUAUGCCCCAACUAAGCGGCAGACUCGGCAACAACAAGAAAUGGCCCAUUGAGGAGAAAGCCAAAUAAAUUCGUGGACAUUCCAGACUCAGGAAAGAAGGGCUGCUCUCCCUCUCCCUCAGGAGAGGAGCUCAUGCCAAUGACCGCGAGACUGCGCUGCCAGUUCCCGAAUGCCAAAAGGGGCGUAGAUGAGUGUGGACGACGAGCUACACCGAGCAGGAAGCGCCCAGCAGGACCGUAGGGGGGGAGAAACCCGCGCUGCCAAGAGGGCCGGCGCCGCCUCGAAGAAGGGGCUGCCACGAUUCUUCUGGCCACAAAUCCUCGGCGGCGGCGGCGCCAGCACCACCACCAAGAGGAAUGACGUUUCACACGGCACCACCAACAACAGUCAUCCCUUCGUCAUCAGGGUGGAAGAGGCGAACCUGCAGAACGCCGCGGCUUUCACCAAGGUCAACGCGACCGUGCUGGAAGACAUCGCCCAAGGGGGAGGCGGGGCUGCUGCCCCCGGGGGCAGGCGCUCUCUCCCAUGGCGGAAACAGGAAGCGGAGGGGAAGAAGAAAAGGGAGAAGGUCCUCUCCAAGCCCUUUACCUUCUUCCACUUCUGCAAGAAGAGGGACCAAAAAACUCUCGUCUUUGACUACAAGGGCACGGCGCCUCCCUCCUCGCCCGAAUCGUUCGGGGCAGCGGUGGAGGAGAGGACCCACAACCACCUGCUGUUCCGACCCGUCCCGGUGGCCGACGUCAAGAGGAACGGGGAGCUGCCCAGUCUGAACAUCUUGACGAGCGCGGUGGCGCCCACCCUCCCCCCCUCCUUCCACAACUACGACGAGCCGGCCGAGCAGGAGUCGAAGGACCUGAGCUCGCUCUACGACCUGGUCAGCAUCCAGGAGAGAGGAGGCGUGGGCGUGGGCGACUUCACCUCCGUCGACUUCGACGUCGAGUCCUACGGAGAGGGGGACAACAUUUCCGUUUACGAGUCUCGCCCGGCGACGAAGGAAAGCUGCUUCUGGUCCUCGUCUGGUGCCAGCGUCCAUCUCGCGGGGCGGUCCAUCACAGCUGGAAUCCGCCCCGUCCUUCAUCUGCCUCCGCUGGAAAGAGUGCUCUCGGUCUCCGACGCGCUCCUGGACGGGGCGCAGGACGGCCUGGAAAACUGGAUGUCCCGUCUCCACCCCGAGAUUCGCAAGAUUCCCCUCAAUCAUCUCUUCAUACCAGGAUCCCACGACGCCUUCAGCUUCAGCCUGACGGAGGGCGAGGACGUAGGGCCCGACGCCCCCCACGUCGUGGCCAACCUGGACUCCUGCUGUUCGUGUAUGGCGCGACCCGCUAUCCUGAGGUGGUCGGUGACUCAAAAGGCAUCAGUGGCUGACCAGCUCAAACACGGCAUCAGGUACUUCGACAUCCGAGUGGCCGUCAGGGAUUCCAGGUUCUUCUUCGUCCACGGGCUCUACGGAGGCGACCUGGAGCCGUUGCUGUGUGAGAUCUCGCACUUCCUGGUCAGGCAUCCCGGCGAAGUGGUGUUGCUAGACUUCCAGCACUUCCACGGGCUGAGUUCGAACGACCACGCUGCCCUCAUCGCUCUGCUGAAGGCAACUUUCUCGGACCUUCUGUGCCCCUUUUUCCAGCAGCUGAAGCAUCUGACCCUCUCGUACCUCGCGCGGUACAAAUACCAGGUACUGGUGUUCUACAGACACGACCAGUCGAUGCAAGCCGUCUCGUGGCUGUGGUCCAGCGACUCCAUACCGAACCCGUGGCCGGACACCACUUCGGUGACCAAAAUGAUCUCGUUCCUGGAGAAGCGUCUGAAGGAUAGAGAUCCCCAUACGUUCUUCGUCACCCAGUGCAUCCUGACCCCCUCAGGUAAAUACCUCUUGAGACACUUCGCAGGGAUGCUGGAGAAGAAGAUGGCGGCCCCCUGCAACCGGGUGGUGGGGGCGUGGGUGGGCCACCUCCCGCACGGCGCCCAAGGGCCGAAUAUCGUCAUGACGGACUUCGUCGAGUUCGACGACUGGGCAGUUCCGAGGGCGGUCAUCAAGAGGAACACGUCUCCACAGCUGACUCCAUCGUCUUUGCAGAGAUAUUAGGAAUUUUUUUUUAUUAUCAUUUAUUGAUUGAUUGAUCUGAGGUUAUCUCGCGGUGUCAGUCGUAGCAUUGACUCACUGAUGCCUUGAUUUCGUGUGGCCCCAUUCAUGGGAUAUUUUUGCAGGUUUUUUGUUGUCUGUGAUACUUUCAUCUAUAUAUACAUACAUAUAUAUAUAUAUAUAUAUAUAAAUAAUUGACAAUCUAUAACACUGCAGGCUUAAUAAUGAUAUCCUAUAUAAUUGUUUUUGGUAAGUCUGUAGUGACCAUUUUCAAUGUUUAUCAUUUUCAUUUUACUAUUUACCACUGGUACCUCGUAAAGACGAAGAUGAAAAAAUACAAAAACUCGUAAGGACGAAGAUGAGAAAUUACAAAGAAAAGAAACACAAAGAGACAAUCACGAAACGGUUAUGUGGGCCACACAAUAAUUAGUCGGUGGAAGUGACGAUUUCUAGUGAUCUUCUGGGUACACAACCUAUCCAGGUGGAUUAGUUUAAAAAAAAAAAGCUUUUGUACCUUAGAAACCUUCUGCGAAGCCUUGUGGUUCAAUUCAACCCUGAAAAUACAGUGAGAGAGAAAAACGAUGGACGUAUGCAGUUGUAGGAACCUGGAAUCUCACGUGGAAACUGAAAUUGUCAGUGUUGGAAUGAUCCAGUAAACAAGUAACCACAGUGCAGAAGUUUGACAAUACACUGUGAAAGGUUCACCUUGGUGCUACACAGCGUUGGUAGCGUAUGCCUCUGGACCGGUCCACAGUGAAUUAUAGGUUUAGUCUGGUGCUACCUGACCUAGUCAGCGCCUCUGCAAUGGCCAAAACUCAAGAAAACGCGAGCCCCCCUAUAUACACAAACGUACCUGGGAGAUGAAGAAUGAAUCUAUGCAUUCAGUCUCAGAUAUCAUGAUUUAGUAAUAAUAAUUCUUAUUGUAUGCAGAAUCUUUCACGACUGAUCAAGACGCAUUCGAUGGCACUUGUUUGAACCUAGCACCUGGUUGAUGACAUCAAUAUGCUUUGUUUUCUACCCGGCACAGUUUUUCUCUCGAAUUGCACACGAUGAAGUAUGGUUGAACAGAGAAAACAAAGAAGAGCUGUGAAAUGAUGUCGUAGAUUUUAUGGAGAUAACAGCCACUAGUGAACGAAAGAAAUCUAAAAAUAGCUGAUGAUUUGUAGCUUUUGAUCUUUUGUGAGUUUUUUUAACUUACUCAGCUGAAGAAAGGAUUAGUUUCUGUUGAAAAGAGUGCAACCAAUUAUAGUUCAAAUGCAUACAGGGUACAUAAAUAAAAUUCUUUCUGUAUGAGAUUGCUCCAAAGUUUGACAGAUCGAGGGUUUGACAGCACGAGAGUUUGACAGCUCGAGGGUUUGAUGGCUGGAGAGUUUGACAGCUCGAGAGAUGGACAACCCGAGAGUUUGACAGCUCUGCGUUAGUCGCGAGAAUGCAUCAGAGUGACAGCACAGGCGAUGUCGCACAGAACCCCACUGAUAUUUAUUAUAUUCCGAUAUAUAUUAAUUUUCCUUAUAGUAUAUUCCUCUGACUCAGUUUUCAAAGGCAUCUUUUUUCCUUUUGUAAAAGAAAAUAAAAACUCUGCCUGAAUCAACUGAGUUACUUGUGGAUACUGAUUAGCUUGAGAGCUGCCCAUUUCUGUCUCCAAAUCAGUGGGGUUCACUAGUGUCUACAGACCCAAAUAAUAAUUCGUGCACUUUACUGGCUAAGUUGAAGGUUAUCAAUAAAGCGUUGACUGUGAUAUAUAUUUCGAAUAAAUGGGCGCUUUUUCCAAGCGCAAAAGCACUUGCUUGAAUGAUCCAUACACCAUCAGCGGUUGUACAUAACAGCAAUCACUUUCCACCUGUGUUUUUUUUUUUUUGUA